GCAACCUGAAGUGAAGGUAGCGAUCCCAAGAGCUACUAGCAUUCUCCUUGUUUCACCCAAGGGAAGAGAGAGAGAGAGAGAAUCUCCAUGAUGAGGGGGGCCCAGGUGAUGUUUUCCUUGAUACUCAUAUGCUUCCUCGCCAGCGACGUCGUAUGGAAGGCCCAGGCCGUUUGGCUUACCUUACCUAAGGCCGCCAGGACCAAGUGCGUUUCCGAGGAAAUUCAAAACAACGUCGUCGUUUUGGGUGACUACCUUGUCAUCUCCGAUGAUCCCACUCGUGAAACCUCCAACAUCUCCGUCAAGGUGACAUCACCAUAUGGAAAUAAUCUUUAUCAUAAGGAGAAUGUGACACACGGACAAUUUGCUUUCACAACUCAUGAGGCUGGCAGCUAUCUGGCUUGUUUCUGGGCAGAUGGUUCUAACCCAGGAGGCGGAGAUGUUAGCGUAAACCUUGACUGGAGAACUGGAAUUGCUGCAAAAGAUUGGGAAUCAGUUGCUAAAAAAGAGAAAAUUGAGGGUGUUGAGCUCGAGCUGAGGAAACUUGAGGGAGCAGUGGAGGCGAUUCAUGAUAACUUACUCUACCUGAAGAACAGGGAAGCGGAUAUGAGGACGGUGAGUGAACGAACAAAUUCCAGGGUGGCGUGGUUUAGUAUCAUGUCCCUAGGUGUCUGCAUUUCAGUUUCGGCCCUGCAGUUAUGGCACUUGAAGCGGUUCUUUCAGAAGAAGAAGCUCAUUUAGAUUUUGCUAACUAGGGGAUAUCUUGAUACCAUUUACUAGCGGAGCAGUUCUAUGUACAACCAUAGCAAAAAACCGCGGCGGAAUUGGCUGGCCACAUCAGCUGAUAUAUUUAAAAAAAACAGACGGACGAAAGUAAAUCAGAGGACAUGAAGAAGAUAGAAACCAACGCCCAAACGAAAUAAGCAGAGGAGUUAUCUUUGUGGGUUCAAGGAAAAGCAGAGGGGUCGUCUUCGUGGGUCUCAAAUCUAUGCUUGUUCGUGUGUAGGAGAACAAGCAGAGCUUUGGGUCGUCUUUUGAUUCUUCGUCUGAGGCCAACUUUCACCUGCAUUGAUUCCCACUCAGUUCCUGAGAUUCUACUGUGAGAUUUGGUGCGUCAAAAAAGGUGGAGGUGGAGGUUUGUAGAGCUCGUUGGUGCUGAGAAUUCUAUUACAGAUCUAUGCAUACUGGGUAAAAAUUUCCUUUCCUAACUUAAGGAUUCUAUUAUAAA